CCCAGCAUGGCGGAGAGAAGCUUCUAUCGCUUGUUCUGCUGUUGUUGCUAUGAAGACCAAGCUGAGAAAAGCCCUUUAAUCAGUGACACAUUGUUGUAUUUUGACCGCGAAGUUAAGAGGAGAAGGGCAGAGGAGGCAAAUUUAUGGAAUGAGCCACAAGAUGUAUCUCACACAGAGAGGGAUGAUGAUAGAGACCUCUAUAACUUACUGCAAAAGAGGGCACGGACACGCCGAGGUUCAGAGGGUUACCGUAGGCUCAGCUUUGAUAUCAGUGCACAUAGACAGGUGCGCAAGGAUGUACUGGACCGUUGGAAAGUGCUGUUGGAAAAUAUGGGAUUUAGCAAGGAAGCAGACGCUCUCCUUGCUGUAAACUCUAACACGUCUUACAAGAGUUUGCGGAGCCCUGCAGAAGCUCGCCGGCUUCUUAGCACUCUGGCACAAGAAAGCAGCAUCUUUGAGCAACAGACUGUCCCUCCUGAGCGUUAUCUGUUUGUGCUGGAUCGACUUAUUGUCCUUGAUAUAGCAACAGAGUUUGUGUCCAUUGCUAAACGUUUCUACCCCCCGGAAACCCUGGACAGCAGUGAGAAGGAAAGUGUGGAGCCGAGACCAGCUGUUCUAGUGAGCUCAGGAUUUGAAGAGCCAGAAGCUGAGGACAGAGAUGAGGAAUCUGUGGAAGUGGAUGAGGAAAACUUCAUGGUCAACCUCCUAGAAUGACUGUUCACAGCCCAACUAAUCCUAGUCACUUCCUACAUCUUUUUUUACUUUUCUACCAUCACCUUGGUCCUCCUUUCUUCACAUCCCCCUAGUUCAAACUUUUUAUUUCUAUAAUUUUAUCAAUUAUCAUUAACUUCUUCUUGUAGGUUGUUUCCAACCUUCCAUUUAUUCUUCAUUUCUAUUCAGGUUUUGUCCCCCCCCCUACCUUGCUUUUGCCAUCUUUCCUCCUGCCUCCUACCCCUUACAGUUUUCACUGCUUCCGUCCCAUGACUCUGGUUUGUCCCACACCCCCCAAACUCUAUCUGUAAUCCAAAACCAUCUCCCCACACUACUAUUCUUUUGUAACCCACUUACUCUGCACUUCUCUACACCUCUUGGCUGCCUCUUGAAUUUUCCAUUCUAGCCUUAAAUGAUUUUGUUGUAUACAAUAAAACUUCUCUUAUGAACCUAUAGAAGUAUUACACACAACCGAUUCUUAAUCUUCCCACCUGCUAACCUCUACACAGCCACCCAAGAGUAGAAUAAUUUCAGUGACAUAAUUUGAAUAAAUUGUCCUUUUAGUGAUCCUAUGUAAAAAAUUAAAAAAGUAAAUUAUGUUUUCAUCUGAUAUAGGAAGCAACAUAAGAAAAUGUAAUGAAAUAUUUUGUGAUUUAUUAUAAAGUAAUAAACUGUACAUAAUUAUGCUGCAUAAAGAUCAAUAUGAAAGGGCUUUUUAUGGUUACCAAAAAAAAAAAUAGCCAUAUGGGUGCAAUGUUUUUGGUCAAUAGACAUAAAGAAAAAUAAUAUAACUGAAUACUUUGGGGUACUGUUAAUAAAACCACAUACUUAUAUAGAACAAGAUAUAUUACUGCACAUAUCUACAGUCACACUCACAUACAUGUCCUAUGCUCUCUCUCAGAGGAUUAUUUUCUUUAUAUCUUGUUAUUUAGCGCUGCAGAAUCUGUUGGCACUCUACAAAUAACUGAUAAUAAAAAUAAUAUUCAGUAGA